UACGGUUGUCUGCUCUAAAAAAUUUAUUUACUAAAUUUUUAUUUACUUUUAUAUGAUUAAAUCUAUCGACUCUAAAUCAUGUAACAAGUUUGAUCCUUUUAAGUUUUAUUCCAUUUAUAAUUCUUCUUAAUGACCCUUAAAUGAACAGCUUAAGUGGCAUUUCAGAAUUGAAAUAUAUAUUCCAUUUGAAUUAUUAAAUUAUAAUGCUUUUAUAAUGGCUGUAUUCAGGUUAGAUCCCUGUGGUAUAAUUUGUAUCAUUUUAACCUAUGUGUCAGUGUUGUAUGCAGAUUACGCUGUCGUGAAAUGGAUGGUUAUGCCGACAAUGUCCUCCAGUUUAUGGGGAGCUUUCCAUGUUGUUUGUUUCAACACUAUAGUGUUUUUAUUAAUAAUGGCUCAUUUAAGAGCAGUAUUAUCAGAUCCUGGAAUCGUACCUUUUCCUGAUAAUAAUUUGGAUUUUUCUGACAUGCAUAGUGGAGCUGGAUCUCCUGUCUGUAAGGAAGAUUGGACUGUUUGCUCUCGGUGUGAAACAUAUAGGCCACCUCGUGCUCACCAUUGUAGAAUAUGUAGACGCUGCAUUCGCCGAAUGGAUCACCACUGCCCAUGGAUAAAUAAUUGUGUCGGGGAGCUGAAUCAAAAAUACUUCAUCCAGUUCUUAAUAUUUGUUGGUUUAGCAAGUUUGUAUUCUCUCGGUAUGGUUGUCAUUUCCUGGCUAAUAGAUUGCAUAGAAUGUAAAAAGGAAAUAAUUUUCAGACAGCACCGUGUAAUUCAUACUGUGCUUUUACUAAUAGAGAGUAUUUUAUUUGGAGUAUUUGUGAUUGCAAUAAUGUGUGAUCAGUUUCAAGCCAUCUUGUCUGAUGAGACAGCUAUUGAACAACUUCAGAAAAAGGGACCACAUAGACCUAGAAAGCCGAAAAUGGCCUUGCUAAGUGAAGUUUUUGGACGAGGUUCUCCAUUUCUUUGGGUGUUUCCUUGUCAGAGUGCUUCAAGAAACAUCGAAAGCUUUACAUCAUAUGAAGUUUGAAUGUGUGAUUAUUAACUUUUUCAAUUUUAUUGUAACUAAUAUAAAACGUGAAAUGAGAGAUGGGACCCAACGAAUUUAUAAAUUCCAUGUUAUAGAUUAGGAUUUUUUCACUUUUUCUGCUUCAAAUCAUAUCUAUUUAAUAUUGUCAUAUUUCUUGUACAUAUUCGUAAUUUAUAGAAGCAGGUUUUUGAAAGUAUAUAUUCGAUUGGGGUCAAUGUUCUUAUUUCUGUGUGUAUGAGAUUGUUUUAACAAAACUUUUUAUAAAUAAUAGUUUUUUCUUUCUCCUCUUUGUUUAAUAAGGGAUAUUUGUUAAAUUAUUUGUUUAAAAAUGUUAGAAGAAUUCAUCUGUGUACAGAGUAUCAAGAAAUAAUUUGGAAACAUUUAAAACCAAAUUUUUGUGUGGCAAAUUUGUUUUAGAAAAUAUAAUGUUUCCUUGGUCACAAAACUUCUCUGGAAUUGGAAAAUGUACAUACAAACAGUAAUUAAUUUCAUUGAGCUAUAAGCACCUAAGCUCUGAACACCAAUUGAUAUUUCUUUUUGGUUUAUCUUGAAGGCAUGGGUAUGGCACUAAAGUCUUACAGGCACUAAGCCUCAUCAAGACUUUGGCUUGCUUAAAAAUCCUUGUCAAAGGAAUAGAAUAAAAUAUCAGUAAAUUAGUUGCUCGUAGCAGACAAUUUUGUAAAACUUUUACAGUUUUGCAUUAAAACCAAAGGUGGUUCCUUUGAAAAUUUAUAAACACGUUACAGGUUGUACUGUUUUCUCAUUUGGUUGUGAUUUUUUUUCUCAUUUUUUAAAGGCAUUAAAAUCUUGUAUUAUAUGUGUCCAACUCAUUUCUUGUCACCCUGUACAUCUAAGAUGAAAAUAGUACUGUACCUUUUUGAAUAUUUGAACUAGAGCUUAAUCUUAAUUUAAUUUUGCAAAUUGCAUCAAAUUUAAUAAUUUACUAUUUUAUACACUGCAUCAUGCAUGAUGUUUUAAACAUCACAAAUUUUCUAAAUUAAUCUUGCAUACUGAAGUAUAUCUGAAUAAAUUUUAAUACAGUUAGGUUUACUUUAAUUCAAAAUAAAAAAUGAUUGAUGAAAGUUGUGAAAAAAUUUAUUUCAUUCAAAAUGAAACAAUGUUUCUAUAUUAGCUUAUCUUUAAGGAAGAGAUUAACAUAUAGUAGACAUGAAAGUAAUUGGGGUCAGGAAGCAAAUUACUAGGGAAAAAGACGUGUAUUGAUUUUUCUAUUACCUCACAAGAUAAUGUAUCCAAAAUCUGUAACAUAUUUUUUAAAGUUAAUAAUAAUAAUAGUAUAUAAUUUUAUAAGAUAUAGACUUCAUAAAUAUGUAACAUUUAUGCUUUGUUAAUAUUAUUAAAAAAGUUAAAUGAAUUCUCAUUAUAAGUUAAUUAAAAGCCAAAAAUUAUAUGUUAGUCUUAAGUCCAGUCUGUACUUAAAGAUUGAAAUAAGUUUUAAGAAACCUCUUCCCUUACCGUCUAGAGUUUUAGGUUAAAAUUUUGAUUUUCCUUUUUUUUUUGUUCUAAGCAAACUUUGAUGAGAGACUUACUUGACAGCACUAAAUAUUUUUAAAAAAAGGUCUAAAACGAAGGGGUCACUUUAGAACAGUAUAUAUAUAUUUUUUUUUGAGAAAUGUAAAAGGAUAAAAUAAUGCAGUUAAUAAUUUUGGAUAGGUAAUUUAAUACUGUACAUUCGUCUGAGUUAAGAUUUUUUAAAUUUGCUUUUUAUUGCUUAUAUUGAUGGCAAUCAAUUGAGAUAAUGCUAAAAAAUUGUCUUAAUAUGAAUAACAAAAAGAUAUUUAUCAACAAUUUAAAGCAGAAAAAUGUGUAAUUCUAAAUGAGUAAUCUUUUUAAAAAUAUUGAUUGUAGAAUUGUAUUGGUAUAAUUUUGUCAGAAAAAUAAAUAGAAUGAAGUAUAUCUUAUGCUAUAUUCUCAAAUUCUGAUUAAGUGGCAGUCUUGUAUUUUAUGGGUUUUGAAAGAUGCUGCCCAGUACAGUAAAUCUCCAAUCUCAGUUUGUUUUUUUAAAACUAAAUAAAAAUGUUUUAAAGCAUAUUUAAAAUCUUCCCCUUAGUCUACACUCCUUUAACAAUUGAGUUUGAUUGCGUUGAAAGUGGCUUCUUAAGAAUAAAGUAUGUAAGUAAACCCAUGAACUGAUAGCAUAUGAUACUUUGAUAUAUAUUUGUGAUUUUUUGAUAUUCUUGAAAAAAUAUUUCAAAAUAGUGUUUAACAUUUAAAUGGGAUUUACUUUUUGUAUAAAGAAAGUAUUGUUCAUUGUUAUAUUGCUAAGUUUUACUGGAUGUGUAAUUUUUUUUAUUUGUUGCAAACGUUUAAAAAUUAUAUUUUUUGUAAUCUUUAUUUUGUAUACAUUAUGUAAAAAUAUUUUCUGAAGUGUUUUUAUUUUUAGUUCAAAGUUACCAUAAAUACUACUAUAAGUAUAAAGCAAUGAUUAAGUUACUAUAAGCUAUAAAGCAAUACUUUGUAUAUUAAUAAUUAUAAAGAAAAUAAUAACACUUAAAUAUAUUCUAAAAAUUUUGCAAAUAUUUUUGUUAAAUUAAGAAAUUGAAAUCUUUAACAAUUUUAAGAAAAAUUUAAAUUAUAUUAUUUUAUAAGAAGAGAUUCAACGUGAUUAUAAAUACAAUUAGUAUUUCAACUCUAUAGUUGCCGCAAUUGUUUAUCAAAAAUGAUCUUGGCAUUAUGCUGUGUGGGUUAAAGUUUAAUUCAGAAAAAGGUAAGAUAAAAACUUAGAAUUUUAAAAAUUAAUUUGUUACUGACAGUCUUGAAAAUGUGUUUAUUUAUUCAUUAAAAUCAGUACACUAAGAGGACCUAUCACUCCAAACAUUUUACUUCUUAAAUAACUAGAAAGUAUCGAGCCAUGUUGUUAAUGUAACAAUAAUUAAAAGAUUCUGAUAUCUCAAUCUUUAUAGUCAAACAACCAUGAAAUCAAACUUGGUUUCUUAAAUUUUGUUUAACUAAUAUGAAAUAAAGUAGGACGCUGAUUAUUAGGAACUACUUCAGAUUUGCUAUUUAGGUAACAUGGAUUUUUAAUCUCCUUUCCUUAACAAUCUCUAUGUUUUUUUAAAAAUAAUAACACAGCGUGCUUCCUUUUAGUAGAAGUAGAAGAAAAGAUGGUCAUAUUAAAGUAUUCUAGUAAUAAUGAAAAGACUGAUGAAACAAUCAUAAUUACAACUUUUCCUUUUCUUUUUGCAAAACUAAAAUAACUAACUUAUAAAAUGUUUACUUGUUACUCAUAAAAUUACCAAUUCCAUAUAGCCACAAAGCUUUUAUUUUUAUUUUGAAAGCCUCAUAAAACAGCCCUCUCCUUUUUAGUUUACUAAACCAAUUCUUAUUUCAUCAAAAGGAUCUAACUUCCAAUAACAGUUGAAUUUUUAAUCAUGACUUCAUUUGGCAUCAGUAUAUAAAAGACACAAUUCUUAUAACAUUUAAUGGCAAUGUAAUUAUCUUCAGAGGAUAAAAGGAAUAUCGAAAAUAAAAAAGAUAGUAUAGAAAUAUGUACGAAAUAAAAAUUAAGUUUUAGUGAGGGUGAAUUGUGACAGCAUAUUAUUAAAAAAGUUGAAAAUUGAUUUGGUUUCAUAAGUAUUUAAAUGGAAGAGGUACGGUUAUACUGUACUUUAUUUAAAUAUAAAAUAAUUUUUUAUGUGAGAUUCUCAUAGGAACAAAGGAUCAACUUAAUUUGAUGCCCAACUUAUUUUGAUGGUUCUUUUGUGUUCAUUCACUAUUAAAAUAAAGACUGAUGAAUUUAAUUUUUACAAGUUUUUUUUACCAUAGUUACAAAUUACUGAAAAAUCAUUCUCAUUUUAAGCUUGUUGAAAGAAAUAAGUUGGUUGUAAUGUUAUUGCUUGAGCUUUAUACCAUUUUACUGGAUAUUUCUUUUACUAACGAUUACUAAUUACCCACCAUAACUUCAAAACAUCCCUUUUUUAUUUAAUUAGAUCAAAUCAAAUUUUUUUAAAAAUCUCAAUAGAGACAAAAAAUUAAAUAAAAGUUUGUAUGUUCGAUUAUACGUACAUUGUCGAUUAUAUGUCAGCAAAUGACCGUUGAUUAUUAUUCUAAAUGAUAUCUUACAGUAUAUUUUAUCCAUAAUAAUUAUUUAUUAGAAGUAUAAAUUCUGUUAGAUUGACUUGUUGUAAAUUUUAAUUGUAAUAAUAACUCUUGUAGAAAAAUAUUAUUUUAUACAUUUAAUAUUGGUAAGCUAAAAGAAUGUAAUCAGUCACUUUUAACAUUCCAGUGUUUAUAACUACAUUUUAUAAAUUUAGAGACAAUUUCACUUAAUAAAAACUUACUUUAAACUUUUUUUACUCAAAUACAUUGUUAUAUAGCUUUUCCAUAAUUCUGUAAAUGUCGGGACAAGUUUAAUUUUAGUUACUUUUUCCAGAUUUAUUUAUUAAUAAUUUUUUAUUUUCCUAUUUUUUAAAAUGCAGAAUAAAAAUGUUAUAAUUCUUUUUUUUAAUUAUUUUUUAUAUUUACCUUUAUAUUACACACACCAGAUUUUUGAUCAGAAUUAUAAGUUUUAAGCUAGAUCAAACUAUUAGACACAUUAACUUUGCUCCAUUUUAUCUCCACUUUAACUUUAUACAAUUACUUAAAUGUAGUUUGAAUUAAAAUUUGAGCAGAAAUUUAAAAAAAAUAUUUUCAUGUCACACAUUUAAGACCUCCCUUUGGUAUUAUUUUUUUUUUAAACUUACAUUUUAAGAGGGAAUAUUCUUGUAUUUAACUAUUAAUGAUUAAAAAAAUUAUUAUAUUUAUAUGAUGCACAACUAUGAUCUUUUUAAAUUUUAAUCUUUAUUACAUAUAUAAAAAGGUAUACUUAUUAUCUUAUAUACAAAAAUUAUUUUUUGCGAAAGUGAAAAAUUAAUAAAAUCCUAUAUUGAGAUAUUUAAGAAGCCAUCAUAUAUUGAAAAUCAUUCUUUUGCAAAAUGCCUACAGUACCAAAAUUUAAUUCCUUAAUUAUUCAUUGUCUAUCAACAUGUUAAAUAGGAAAAUGACAUAACUUGUACAAAAUUUUUUGGCAUUUAUAAGAAUUCCUUCUUUAUGAUUAUAUGUAUUUGUGACAUGGGCAAUUUCAUGGAACUAGUCUUUAGUUUUAUGUUCUGUAUUUUCUAAAGGUGCCAUCGAGUUAGAGGUCAAUAUAUAUGGGGAAAUACUAGCAAAUUUUUAGGGUAAUAUACAGCAAUAAUGAGCAGAAUCUUAUAACUGUUUUCUUUUCAAUGCAAAUAUUUGCCACAUCUUGAGGUGAUGUCUGAAGCCAGAAAAGAGCAUCUAUUAUGUAACCAGUUCUGAUUUAUCGAUUGACAAAAAGGAAAAAAACUCUUUGCGUGUUUCAAAACCUGUUUUUGUUAAUAUUCAGAGCAAAGAUGAGGCUAAUAUUUACAUUUUGGCUUUAAGCUCGGUUAACAGAUAAUAUGGCUAGCUAUGUCACAAAAUGGAAAGUUGACUAGUUGUCUUUCUUUUUUUUAUAAUAAAAAACAUACACAAAGUAUAUACUAGGUCAACAAUAAAAAUUUAUAUCAACUAUUUUAUUAAAUUACUAUUUCAUUGUUUACAUUACUUUUUGAAAAACAUACCUAGUAAUAAAGAUAUAUAUUUAAGGAAAAAAUAUCUAAAAAUUAAUAGAAAUGCAUGAAGCUAUUAACUACACAUGGAAUUGCUCAUAUGUUUUAUUUUGUGAAAUGUUAUAUUUUGCUACACUGUGUAUUUUACCCAGCUGUGCUGAUGAAGUACACUAAACAUAAUUUCUGUUAAAAAAUUAGCUUUAUUUGUAUAUUUUUAUACUAUUUACAGACAUAAUACUUAAAAUUAAGAAAUUGUUUUACUUUGUAGUUAAAAUGUAUUACAACUUUACGUAUUUAUUGACAUUACAGAAAAAUUUAUGUGAAGUUUAAACAUGUGAUAUAUAUAUUUCAAUAAAUAUAAUUAAAAAGA